AUGUAAAUUCUUCAGGAGCUUCACUGAGGCGUCAAACCUUCCUUUUUUAAUUUUAUUUUUACCUUAGAUUGGGUAUGGAUUGCACGCUGAUUGAACGACUCUAAAGAGAGCAGACUUCAGUGAAAAUGAAUUAUCUUCCAUUUGGGUUGUUGGUAUUAUUGACCCUCUCAACAAAUUUUUUUUGUAACACAGCACAAGGGGAUCCUUUUGUAUUAGAGAAGACCCAGAUCACAGUUGAAGAAGGCUCCUGUGUUGAAAUCAAAUGUAAAUACUCAAGUUAUUAUGUAGAUGCUGAAGGUGGAACCUGGUUUUGGUUGAAUAAUGCAACCUGGAACCAGAAUACAGGCUACACUGGGACUGUUCUUUACAGCAAUGAUGAGUCAAAGCGGUCCGUCAGUCAACUCUUUAAAAACAGAGUGAGACAUACAGGUUCUUCACAUGGAACUGCUGGACGACAAGCAUAUCAACUGUGUCAAAUUUCCAUCUGUAAUCUGACUGUGAACGACAGUGGAAAUUAUAUGUUCAGAUUUGAAGGAAAAACUUCAACCGUUAAAUGGGCGACAGAGCCAAGAGCUACCCUAACUGUUGGUGUUGCUCCUCAAGUUGAGAUACUGAUUAAAGAUCAGAGUGAAGGAACAUUACAAGACAUCAAAGAAGGGAACAGCAUCAUCCUGGAGUGCAGACUGAAGAAAAGCAAGCCAAAACCUGACAGCUUUUUCUGGCAAAAAGAUGGGAAAGACAUUGAAAAUAGUCAGAUUUAUGAAUUGAUGAGGAUCAAACCAGAGGACAGAGGAAACUACACAUGUGGAGCCAGAAACCUGAUUGGCUCUGGAACAUCACAGUCCAUUAAUCUUGAUGUUAAAUACAAGCCGAUGAAUAUCACCAUUUCCACUUGGGGCCUUCAUAAUAACACAGUUAAAAUCAACAGCAGCGUCUCUUUGACCUGCAAUGCUGCAGCAAAUCCACAGCCACAGUUCUCCUGGUACAAACAGUCUGAAGGCCGACAAAAGAUUUCAAUAACGGACCAAAGGGCUUUGAAUAUAAGUCGGGUUCAAAGAACAGAUGAAGAAUGUUACGUUUGCACUGCAUCCAACACCCUUGGUCAGGGGAAAGACAGUUCACCUUCUUGUAUACAAGUUCUGUUUCCUCCCACCAACGUCCUGCUGACCAUGGACACAAAGGUCAGAGAGGGUCGGCUCAUCACAGUCAACUGUACCGCUGAAAGUUUUCCAGCUGCUACUUUCACUGUUGAAACAUCUUCAACAUCAUAUAAUUACUCUUCAGGAAAAACUUUGUCUCAAUCGAAAAAACACACUUUCAUAAAUGAAUUUAAAGCAACUUCAGCUCACAAUGGAUCUUACAUCUGCAUUGCAUCAAACAGUGAAGGGAAUCAGAGAAGCCAGGAGAAGAAGCUGGAGGUUGAAUAUUCUCCUAAAGAUGUGAAAGUAGAAGCAAAGCCUGGAUCUGUCGUAAAGGAAAAUCAGCCUUUCUCACUGGACUGCAGCUUCCAUUCUAACCCAUCCGUCUCUUCACUCACCUGGAUGAAGAAGACCAAUGACGGCAGGGAAAUGACUGUGAGUUCUGGGAGGAAAUACUCUGUGAAAUCUGCCCGUCCCUCUGACAGUGGAUGGUACAGCUGUUCAGCUACAAAUGAUGUUGGAACAGGAAAAUCCCAGCCUGUGCAGAUUACAGUCCAUUAUGCUCCAAAACAAACAACAAUCAUCAAAGGUGAAGAGCUGUUGCAUGAUGGGAAACGUUUAGUGACUCUGAGCUGCAGCAGUCAGUGCUAUCCUCCUGCAACUUAUGUCUGGUACAAAAAACCAGAAAAUAAAGAAGUCUCCAGUGGAAAUAACUUCACAGUUUUCUCAGACCAAGCAGGAGAGUACUAUUGUGUUGCUAAAAAUGAGAUCGAUCAAGGAGUCUCUGCACCCAUCAGACCGUUUGAUAACGACUUAACAACUGUGAAACUUUUGUUGAUUGGCCUAAGUUUGAUCUUCAUAAUUGUUUUAAUUUUUCUUUUAUACAGACACAGGAGGAACAAAUUACUUCAGCAAGGAACCACGAACAGACCUGUCUGCAGUAAUCUUGUGGUGUGCUGGAGUGGAGCUUUCAAUCAGGCGGCUUCAGCAGAGCCUUUCAGAAGCAGAGAGGACCUCUUGCCAGACCAGGACCGGCGUCCAAAAGCAUCACAAGGACAACAGCGCCCUAAUGUCCCGUCUGCAUCCAACGUGGACUCUAUUUACAGCGUAGCAAAACUGCCCAAGAAAAUACAGGCUUCCUCAGCAGACAAGCCAAUGGCAAAGCAACAAGGACACAUGGAUGAUGAUUCUCUCAACUAUGCUUCCCUGCACUUUAAAAAUAAGCCAAAGAACACAGCAUCAAGGAUACCAGAGGAGGAUGUUGUGUAUGCUAAAGUCUGUAAAUCCAAGCCUUCAAAUGAGGAAGAAGAGGAGCAGAUGGAUUAUGUAAACAUCGAUAUGGCCACAGGAGCCAACCCUCAGAAUGUAUGGAACUCUGACUCUGACACCAGUGACGAUACUGUGGAGGUCAAUUAUGCACAGGUGAACUUUAAACCAAAGGCUGGACACCACAGAACCAGGAGAAACUCCAGCAGCUCUCAGGAAGAAACUCAGUAUUCUGAAGUCAAGUUCAACUGAGGCCUUAAAAGUGUUUUUGCUGGUGGAGACAAGAGGCUUUACCAGAACUGUUGUAAAAAUCCCAGAAAGUCAUUAAAAUGAUGCAUUAUUGAGUAAAUGUGUCACCACCCAUAAGACCUCCAUCAUGGUCUACAGGCCUGUCACCAGCCACUGCGACUACUGCUAUUCACUCCUCUUCUGCUUUUCCCACAAAUCUGUCAAGCUUCAAGUUGUCUGGAAAUAUGCCGCUUAAAUAAGUACGAUUUCGGAUUGUUGAAACAUUCCUCAUCUCAUCACAGCUCUCUGUUAAAUUCAGAAUUGACUACAAACUCCUGCUAUUUACCUUCACAUCCACCAACAACUCCCUCAUACUUGUCCACUCUCCUCCACAUCGCUGCUCGAUCCUCCUCACUCAGAACCUCAUUCUUCCUUCAUCUGACUGUUUCUUUUACCCACCAAAGGAACAUAGGGGGCAGAGCCUUCAGCAGGGUCAAGACUAGUUUUAGGGCUAGGCUUAGAGGCUGAACUUUGGAAUUCACUCCCUCAGGGAUUAGUAUUAUUGACUUAAGUCACAAAACAUCUUUCUACUGAGCUGAAUCACUAUGGCUGGUUCUUCACCGUAGCUGUUUCAUGAUGAUUUAACAUCUGUGAUCCUUUCAACAAACUGUCCUUUGCUGUCUAAUCUUUUUUUGCUUGUACAAUGCCCUCAGUUUUGAUCAAAUGUAUUCAUAUUAUUUUAGUUAACAUUUUGGCAAAUAAUGCAGAACAUUUGCAAUAUUAAAUUGUAUUUGUCAGGAAGGGGGGUUGACAAAGGACCCAAACUGCAGAGAUGGGAGGCAGGUGGUUGCUAGAGGAGCAUGUUCUGCUCUGAUGGGUCCGGAAAAAAGUUUGGCUGGUCCAUUCGGUCAGGUAGGAACGUUGAUGAAGGACCCAAAGUGCAGAGCUGGGAGGCACACGGUUCCAAGUAUAGGGGGGCAAGUAAACAGGAAGAAGACCGUCAUAUCCCUGACCGUCUUCUUCCUGUUUACUUGGUUUGUCUCCAGUUAGUUUUGUUAGGUUCCCCUGCUCAGCAGCGCUUUCUGUUUUGGAAAUAAACCCCUUAAACUUGGAACCGUGUGCCUCCCGUCUCUGCAUUUUGGAAAUAUCUGACAGUAUUAAAACCAGAAGCUUCAUGUUGCUUUAAAAUAAAAUAAAAAACGCUCCUUGAAAUAUGAUUUGUAUUAUUUAGUAAUUUUUUAAUACUGGAAAUAAUUGGUGUUUAAACAACUAUUAAAAAUUAACAACAUUUUCUGUACUUAAACAAAGCAACAUUUUCUAUUAUGUUUAUUAUAUGAUUUGUUUUUGUUGAUUUUUUUCUGUGUAUCUAUAUUUUUUCAAAUAUCCUAAAUAGAUUUGUUGUAAAAUUUAUUCUUUGAAUGCUUUAGAAUUUUUUUGGAUGGCUUUUUAUUGUUACAUUAUCAUUUCAAUAUAGUGCUAUUACAUGUUUUUUAUAUGUGUUUUAUUAUUUUAGAAUUAAAUUAACUUUCUCAGUCUCACUCUUCUGGGUUUGUAAAUGUUUGUUUUUUUAUCUAAAUUUUAUCACACAAAGUUAUGUGAUGGAAUGAAACAGAAACAGGAAGAUUAUAUUUGAAUAAAACCCUUUGUAAUUUAGACUAAACUUUAGACAUAGUCAUUAUAUUUGUAACAGUUUUCUUGCUGGACUGGAUGGCAAAAAAGAGGAAGGAAGAAGAGAGAGGGAUUUUAGAGAGGAGGGGGGGUAGGAGGGUGAUGAUAGAAGGGGGGUAAAAUCAUGAAGCAUCAUAAAGCAACAAGUUGCUGGAAGUUUAUAAUCAUUACUGUCAGGUUUAGAUGA